AUGAACGAAAAAAAAAAGUUAACUACUGGAAAUCUAAUCUAUAAAACAAGUCUUACACCUUGGGCUUCAGAUCAUGCAAGAUUAAUUAUCUCAUCCACUCUCUAUUCUUUUUGUGAGACCAUUAUCUUUUCUAGAUUCGAUAGAGUUCAAAAACCUGAGAAGGGUAAAAUAGAUUUUGGUUUGACUUCAUGGUUGUCAUUUGUAUUUAAUAAAAAAUCAAUAGAGAGUGAAAUUCUUGCAUGGUCUGAAGCACAAAGAUUUGCUCUUUUACUGUCUGCCACGAUAGCUAUCUCCUAUACAGACACAAUUGGCCCACCAUUUUAUAACUGUGAGGAAUUCUGUCAAAGAAUGUGCUUCCAAAAGCCAACCAUUGAAGAAGCAAGACUCUAUGUUUCAUAUCAAUCUACUUUUAUAAAUAAAUUAGAUGGUAAACUAUCAUUUGGUGUCAAUAAAGAAUAUUUAGAUGCCAUAAAGUUAGAUAAUAUAAGAUUGAGAUUGAUAGAUAAUGUAGAUGAAAAUAAUAUUGUUGAGCAAAUACCAAAUGUCGAUGGUCAAUUCUCUUUUGUUAAUAUUCCGACAGGAUCAUAUAUUUUAGAUGUAGACAGUAAAGAUUAUGUUUUCAGACAAAUGAAGGUCGACGUAAGCAAACAACGUCAAGUUAGAGUUAGAAAUGAUAAUGAUACAGUAGUACAAUCACCAAUCACCAUGAAACCAGUAGGACUACCCUUUUUCUUUGAGAAACACGCACCCUUUAGUAUUUGGGGUCUUUUCAAAUCACCAAUGAUCAUUAUGAUGGGUAUCACUGGUAUUCUAAUCGUUGUUAUGCCAAUGAUGACCAAUGCAAUCGAAAAUGACGAAGAAACUAAAGAAGCAUUUAAACAAAGUGGACCAGAGUUAAUUCAAAGUGUUCCAGAUUGGCCAACUCUCAGUAUUACAAAGUCAUCAGGUUCGCCACCACUUAAAGAUAAAUGA